GCCAAACAAAGCUUUGAUUUGUGUAUAAAAUCCCACCACUUGUCUUACCAUACCGUCAUUACAUCUUUCUCUCUCUCUCUCGCUCUCAGUUUUGUGAGAUUAUUUCCUUUUAGGGCAUUCUAGGAUUUUUUCCCUUUAAAGGUCUCUUAGGGUUUGGUGAAUCUCUGUCUUACGUCUCCCCUUAUAAGGAAGCUUUACUACGUUUUGAUGACUAUAAAUCUUUGAACUUUUUGAAGUAAAUUAUCAGCUCUUCAAGUUUAGGCUUUUGUCGGAUUUUAAUCUCUUUGUAACCAAAACCAAAAAAAAUCAAUGGAGGGUUGUCCAAGAAACAUCUGUCCUAAACUCCUUGAUUUGAUUCCUCAAGGAAGAGAAUGGUACCAUGAAGAAAAUAACAACACAGAUCAGGAAAAGAAACUUGAGCUAAGGCUUGGACCACCCGGUGGUUAUGAAGAAGAUCGUUCAGCCAAGAAGAACACAGAGACAAGAAACAACAACAUCAUGAAGGAACAAACAGAAAUCUCCAGUCCCAGCAAAAACCAUCUCUCUCCAUGCAACAAAGCUAAUGUUUCUCACAUCUCUCAGAAAAGAACCGCUCCUGGUCCAGUGGUGGGUUGGCCACCGGUUCGUUCUUUCAGAAAGAAUCUAGCGAGCACAAGCUCUUCAAAGCUCGGAAACGAAUCCUCACACGUAAGUCACAUCAACAAGAAUGGUGAUGGUGUGACCCAAGUUGAACCUAAGAGGGAAGGAAUGUUUGUAAAGAUCAACAUGGAUAGUGUUCCAAUUGGUAGAAAAAUCGAUCUCAAUGCUUACAAUAGCUACGAACAGCUCUCUUUUGCCGUAGACAAACUCUUCAGAGGUCUACUCGCAGCUCAAAGGGAUACCUCUAGUGGUGAAAGAGAAGAGAAACCCAUCAUCGGUUUACUGGAUGGUAAAGGAGAAUUUACUUUAACUUAUGAAGACAAUGAAGGGGACAAGAUGCUUGUUGGGGAUGUUCCUUGGCAAAUGUUCAUUUCAUCUGUGAAGAGACUGCGUGUGAUUAAAAGCUCUGAGAUUUCAUCUGCUUUGAGAUUUGGAUGCAGGAGAAGAUGAGGAACUAAAGAGUGGGUUAUAUAAAAUUACAUGAGUCAGAGGGUCUCACAGAUUUUAGUUGUACAUCUGCUUUUUGUUAUAUAUAAGAGAUAACCAUUGGUUGUAUCCAGAGAGACAUUUCAUAUGAUAUCUUCCAUGUCUCUACUCAACUAUGAGACUACAGAAACGAUCUGUGUCUAAAAACAUUUGAUUCACAAAAUGCUUUAAGGAAGAUACUUAGAAAAUAAUUA